AAGGUGAAGGUGAUAGCAGCAUGCUUGUUGGCUGUGUUGGGAGGCAAUGCCAACCCUUCUGCUGAUGAUCUGAAGUACAUUCUUGGUUCUGUUGGAGCUGAAGCUGAUGAUGACAUGAUUAAGUUGCUUUUGUCCCAAGUCAAGGGAAAGGAUUUGACUGACCUUAUUGCUGCUGGAAAACAGAGAUCGGCAAUGGCAGCAGUACCUGCUGGUGGUGCUGCUGUCGCCGCUACGGCUGCAGCUGUUGGAGGUCCUGCUUCUAUUGCUGCUGCUGCUGCUGAGGCCAACAAGGAGGAGAAAAUCGUUGAAGAAUCAGAUGACGACAUGUGCUUCAGUCUAUUUGAUUGAGGAAUUAGAAUUGAUCUUUAUUUGAGGACUAAAACUCAGACUUAGUUUUAAUUUUCCGUAUCAGUAGUAGGAUAUAUAGCAUCGGCUUUGGUGAACAUAUAUACUGCAAUUACAUUUUCUUUUCAGAUAUGGAUAUGAGUUUUUUUAUGUGUUUUUUCCUUCGUGAUUUCUUAU